GUCCCAGCGCACCCGCCGCCCGCGCGCAGAGAUGCUCUACAUUUCAAGCUUAUCGAAGAUUACAUUGAUAUUUAUGGGCUAAUCUGGAAAUUUACAAACAGUUUGUUUCACUACAUCUACAAGGAAAUAUGUGCAAAUUCCAGAUGGCUGGCUUGUAAAGGGGCUUUUAGAACAUAAUUCAGUUUAUGAAGUACUCCUUAAAGCCCUGACAACCAUUGUGAAGAUGGAAUUAUGAAUAUGGCAACCUUCCUCCGGGGCUUUGAAGAAAAGGGGCUAAAGAGCGACAGGCCUGGGGACCAGUUCAGUAAAGAGAAAAAGAAGAUUCUCUUCUCCUUUUGUGAUGUGUGCAACAUCCAGCUCAACUCUGCGGCCCAGGCCCAGGUCCAUUAUGACGGCAAAUCCCAUCGGAAGCGGGUCAAGCAGCUGAAUGAUGGGCAGCCUCCGCCUCCAGCCCAGGGCUCAGGGCCACCGCUUGCCAGCCCUUGCCCUUGCCCCGGCACGAACACCAGCACAGGCAGUGCAUGCCACACUACUACCCUCCCCACUCUCGUGCGCACACCCACCCUGAUGAUGCAGCCUUCGCUGGACAUCAAGCCAUUCAUGUCUUUUCCAGUGGACAGCAGCUCUGCUGUGGGACUCUUUCCAAAUUUUAACACAAAAAGAAGAGGCUUAUUUGGGACCAAUAAAUUCUGCCAGAUGGACCCUGUGCAGAAAGCAGUCAUCAACCACACAUUUGGAGUCUCCAUUCCCCCAAAGAAGAAACAAGUGAUUUCUUGUAAUGUCUGCCAGCUUCGUUUUAACUCGGAUAGCCAGGCCGAGGCCCACUACAAAGGAAGUAAACAUGCCAAGAAGGUCAAAGCACUUGAGGCAGCGAAAAAUAAACCCAAAAUGGUUCCUUCCAAGGACAGCGCAAAGGCUAAUCCCAGCUGCUCCAUCAGGCCAAUCACAGGCGACAGCUCUGACAAAUCAGAAGACAAAGCGAAGUUGAAAGCCGCCAGUUCCAGUCAGCCCUCUGGCUCUGAAGGAGGCUCCUUUCUCCUCAAGUCUGGAGCCACGCCCCUGCCCCCGGCGGCCAUCACUUCUCCCUCCAAGAGCACAAAUGGCGCUCCGGGGUCUGUUGCUGAAUCAGAAGAAGAGAAAGCCAAAAAAUUACUCUAUUGUUCACUAUGCAAGGUGGCUGUGAACUCCCUGUCACAGCUGGAGGCACACAACACAGGAUCUAAACAUAAGACCAUGGUUGAGGCUCGUAAUGGAGCUGGUCCAAUUAAGUCCUAUCCAAGACCUGGGUCAAGACUAAAGAUGCAAAAUGGCAGUAAGGGUUCAGGACUCCAGAAUAAGACGUUUCAUUGUGAAAUCUGUGAUGUCCACGUUAACUCAGAAAUUCAACUCAAACAGCACAUUUCAAGCCGAAGGCAUAAAGACCGCGUGGCAGGAAAACCGUUGAAGCCGAAAUACAGCCCUUACAACAAGCUCCAGCGGAGCCCAAGCAUUUUAGCUGCAAAGCUCGCAUUCCAGAAAGAUCUGAUGAAGCCUCUGGCCCCGACUUUUCUGUCCUCGCCCCUGGCGGCCGCAGCUGUGUCCUCUGCGCUGUCCCUGCCGCCCCGGCCAUCUGCCUCUCUCUUCCAGGCCGCAGCCAUCCCUCCUGCGCUGCUGAGGCCUGGCCACGGGCCCAUCCGGGCCACUCCUGCCUCCAUCCUCUUUGCCCCUUACUAAAUACUUGCAGCCCGCAACAGGCCAGGCCAGUGGAAAGGUGUAGAAGGAAAGCCCAAAGGAUUCAGCAAAGUAAGCCUUGUGUGUGUGACUGUAAGUACCCCACCCACCCACCCUCUGACAAAGUGCAGGCCACCGCCCAGCCCAGCCUCCAGCCACAAACGGAAGCCAGGCUCAAGGGCACUAACCCCUUAUUUCCCCGUGUCCCCUCCGUCCUACCCUAGCCAAUUGGCGUAUCUGAGAUACUUAAGUUUCUUGAAAGUAUAUUGAUCAGAAAAAGAAAACCAACCUCUGUAUUCCCAUGGACGUGAUCUGGCUUAGAAACAAAAUGGAAUCUUCCUGACAGACUUGAACGGUAGACUCUUCCUCGGUCGGAUGUCUGUAAAUAACUCCGAAAUCCAAGCGGGCAUAUUCUAGUGUGGAACAAAAGCCCAUCGCAAGUGCUUAAUUGUGGAUACCAUCCUCCCCAUGGAUCAUGGCGUUUUUCCUUUUGGUGUACUAGUGUCCACAGGGAUUGUGUACUGUUCUAGACCUGAGUACUGUUGUAUCCCGUGUAGUACUAGAUCGUAACUCCUGUCGAAUUAAACUUUUUUUUUUAUUGCUGUGUAAUUGUUAGGAAGCAAACGUAGCUUUGAAAUUUUUUCUCUUUAAGAGAACAAAAGAUAAUGUAUUUUCUUUAUUUCGUGUUUUAUUUGGAGAGAUUUAAAUGAAAUAGAAAGCCAUAUAACAUAGCUAUAAUUACUACCUGUUUGCUAUUUUUGUUUUAACUUAUUUUUGUAGCACCCUCACUGGUUUGAGUUGCUAAGCAAAUGUGUACAGAAACAAAAAGAGCUUCCUAAUUGCACAUGUUGGCACCUUCUGUACAUCUGCAAGAAGACAAUGAAUCCAUGUAUUUCCACAUAAUGAUCUUCAUUUUCAACCUUUGUUUUUCAUUUGUAAUGAUGCUACAUAACUCUGUGGCUCUUUGAUGCAAUAAUGUACAGAAGAUAUAUAAUUUAUAAUUGAACAAUCUGUCUUUCUGUUCAGUGACUACGUCAUAGGUCAUGUGACCAUGCCCUCCCCGUCAACCCCCCCCCAAAAAAAAACAACAACUGAUGUUAAGAAGACUGGAAUGUUUGUGAUAUCGGGGCAAGAGGUAUCAUAAAACAACA